CGUGCGCCCACGUUUAAAGCACGCACGGAGGCGCGCCGCGUGCCGCCCUGGCAAGAGGGCAGAGGGGCUGGAGGUGCUGCUAUGGACCGCGGUAACCCGGUGCCUAAACUCUACAGAUCUGUAAUUGAAGAUGUAAUUGAAGGAGUGCGGGAUCUAUUUGCUGAAGAAGGUAUAGAGGAACAAGUGUUAAAAGACUUGAAGCAGCUCUGGGAAACAAAGCUUUUGCAGUCUAAAGCAACAGAAGACUUCUUCAGGAAUAGCAUCCAUUCACCUCUGUUCACCCUUCAGUUGCCACACACCUUGCACCAAACAUUGCAAUCAUCAACAGCAUCGUUAGUUAUUCCUGCUGAUAGAACUCUUCCCAGUUUUACCACAGCAGAACUGGGCACCUCAAACUCCAGUGCAAACUUUACUUUUCCUGGUUAUCCUAUUCAUGUACCAGCAGGUGUGACACUACAGGCUGCAUCUGGUCACCUUUAUAAAGUUAAUGUACCAAUUAUGGUGACACAGACUUCUGGAAGAGCAGGUAUUCUUCAGCAUCCAAUUCAGCAAGUAUUUCAGCAGAUUGGGCAGCCUUCAAUAAUACAGACCAGUAUUCCACAAUUAAACCCAUGUUCUCUUCAAGCAAGUACUGAAAAAUCACAGAGAAUGGAAACUGUGCUCCAACAACCUAUAGUUCUUCAUUCUGGGACAGUGGAUUGGAAACAUUUAGAAAAUGCUACCAGUGGUAUUCUUGUACAUCCUGGAAAUGAGCAUAAAAUCAUGUCUGAAGUGUUAUUGAGUCAGCCGGAAAGCUCUCAGUAUAUCAGUCUUCCAGGUGUUGUACUUCCUCCACAGGUCUCUCAAACAGAUUCUAAUGUGGAGCCAGUGCUCAGUGUUUCAGCUAGCAUGACUCAAAAUCUGCAUGGUGGGCCCCUCUCCCUGGGCCCUCAGGGGCCUCAGCACCAACACAUGCCUGAUGUUCAGCUUCAUGCUCUUAGAAACAGGAUGUAUGGAUAUGAUUCUGUAAAACGGCCAAGAAAUACAGAGGAGCCCAGCAACCUACCUGUCUCAGAGAAGGAUUCUAAUUCUCAGUUGGAUUUAAGCAUUCAGGUAACUGAUGAUGAUAUUAAUGAGAUAAUUCAAAUAGAUGGAACUGGAGAUACAUCUUCUAGUGAUGAAAUAGGAAGUACAAGAGAUGUAGAUGAGAACGAAUUUCUAGGGAUUAUUGAUACAGGAGACCUGAAGGUACUUGAAGAAGCUGGCAGUAUAUCAAAUGAAGAUUCAACUGCCAACAGUAGUGGUAAUGAAGACCCUCAAGCAGACCUUGUAGAAGAGGACCCUUUAAAUUCCGGAGAUGAUGUUAGUGAGCAGGAUGUGCCGGACCUGUUUGACACAGACAAUGUGAUUGUCUGUCAGUAUGACAAGAUUCAUCGAAAUAAGAACAAAUGGAAAUUCUAUUUGAAAGAUGGUGUCAUGUGUAUUGGAGGGAGAGACUAUGUAUUUGCAAAAGCAAUUGGUGAUGCAGAGUGGUAA